AUGGUAUCAUCAAUAAAUAUUAUAAUUCCUGUGUCUAUAUUGUACUUUUUUUCCUUCAAUAACCAAGUCUCCGUAGUUGAAGGAAGUAAACGAGAAGCUCAGUUGUAUAGAGACUUGCUAGCCAACUAUAGCUAUCUUGUGAGACCUGUCAGAAAUCCAAAGAAAGCUUUGACGGUAACCAUGAAGGUGUUUAUUCAGCAAGUGUUGACAGUGGAUGCCAAGCAUCAGAUGAUUGAAGUGAACGCGUGGCUUAAAUAUGUAUGGACUGAUUUUCGACUACGAUGGAAUCCAUUGGACUACGAAAAUAUAACUUCUGUUCGUUUUUAUGGUGAAGAUCAAAUUUGGCAACCUGAUAUUCUUCUCUACAAUCGAUACAUUGAAGAUGAACAAGAAAGUUUCGACAUUACCUAUAAAACAAAUGCGUUGGUUUAUAAUGAUGGAGUGAUCAACUGGAUACCUCCGGGAAUUUUCAAACUAAGCUGUAAAAUGGACAUCACACUGUUUCCGUUCGACGAGCAGAUUUGUUUUAUGAAGUUUGGAAGUUGGACUUACCAUGGAUUCGCACUUGACUUAAGAUUGGAUGUCGUGAAAGGACAAGAACCAUCAGCUGAUCUUUCAACUUAUAUAACCAAUGGCGAAUGGCAUUUGCUGUCUGCUCCAGCGAAAAGAGAAGAAAAAUUUUAUAAGUGUUGUCGAGAACCGUACCCAACUGUCAAAUUUUAUUUGCAUCUCCGCCGUCGAACAUUUUACUACGUUUUCAAUGUGAUUCUACCUACUCUCCUAGUUUCAUUCAUGUCACUUCUUGCUUUCUGUCUUCCUGCGACUGAUUUGAGUGAAAAAAUUGGACUGCAAACUACGAUCCUCCUCUCUGUUUGCUUUUUCUUGACCAUUCUAUCCGAGAUGACGCCAACAACUUCUGAAGCUGUGCCUCUUCUCGGAGUGUUCUUUUCAGCAUUAACGUUCAUUGUUGCCAUUUCCACCACAUUCACAAUUCUGGUAUUAAAUAUCAGAUAUCGUCAGAUUACGAACCAUUAUCUCACUCCUCUAUUUCGAUCGAUAUUCUUGGAAUGGUUACCUUGGUGUAUGAUGAUGAAACGCCCUGAUCACAAGUUCCGCAAAGGAUCCUCAUACCGAGAUAGUUCUGCAGACCAUUGUGUUCAAUGUGCAAAAAAUGCAGAACUAAAAAGCAUUCUUCGUGGUGCUGAUAAUCAACAACAAGUGGAUAACGAUACACUAUAUCCAUUCCCAGCUGAAACUCUUUCAUUGUCUAGAAAAGUUGGAGAUGGACUUUUCAUUCAAAGGAGAUGUCAAGUGCACGAAGCCGCCAGAAGUGAGAAAUUUACACGAGGAAUGAGAGCAUGUGAAAGAACACUCCGGGAAGAUGGAUCCGAGCUAGCAAAUGUUCUAGUCACAAUUAUAAAAAUGUACGAAGUAAUGGUUACUCAAGUUGAACGAAUUCGUCAAAGGAUUGCUCUGAAAAGAAAAAGAAAGGAUAUUCAGGACGAAUGGAAGUUCGCCGCUCAAGCAGUUGAUCGUUUCUGUCUUAUAAUUUUCACAAUUGUCUUCAUUAUUUGUUGUUCCAUUUUUGUGUUCAUCCCACCAAUCAAAAUUUUGGAUUGA